AUGUCAGCUAGAUUACUAUCAGGGCCUAUUCCUGAAGGGUCUUCUAGCACCUCCUCCCCGUUGUGGAGGACAAUAUGGAGGAAUGUCUCCAUGGAUGAUUUAUGUCCCAAGUGUCCUGUUUCCCCUAAAAAUACUGCCCAUGUUUUGAUUUCUUGGGCUGCGUUGGUACAGCUUUGGGGUAAGGCAGGUGUAGAGAAUUGGCUUCUGGAAGAAGGGAUGGAUCUAGUAGACAGAGCAAUGGAGCUUGCAUCACUUCCAGCAAGGGCUGGGGAAUUAUGUUCAGAAUUUCUAAGCGUGCAGAAGACAUCAAAGCCUCCUUUAGUGACCAAGUCCUCAGAUGGUGGCUUAUCUCCUAUCAAACGUGCCCUUGAUAACAAGGGAGAGACUCUGGGGCUAGAAUCUAAAGAUACUGUGUAUAAUUAG